UGUCACGAUCCGACUUGCUUGCCUUUUUGCGUAGACUGCCGGGCAGAGAAGAACUUCUGCCACAUGGAGUUUGCUCCCCCGGAUGUGACAUGGUUCUAAACUCGGGUCUGUUGCUGAGGAUUCGCCCGGGCUGCCCCCAGGCACCGUUGCAGUGCUGUACGGAAUGUCACGCGAGUAAUUCCCAUUGUCUUUGUUGCCUGUCUCCUCUAUAGUGAUGUCUGAGUCUGAGCGUGGGCUGCAUCUUGAUAUAAGCAUCGGGAAGGGCCCGCUCUCGUCCUGCCGCUGAUCCCUUGGCUUUCCUUGUCCCGCAUCCACGACUUGUGCCCGACUGACAGACAAUGGCCUCGAUGGGGCAGUAAGUGAUCGACGCUCAUAAACCCUGACGACCCCAGCCUACAUUCGUCGCCGAUCACUGCUCGAGUCGACUGCGCUCGUUCCAGCAAGAUUGCAAAGUUGAGCGCCCAGGAGUUGACGACACAGGACGGCAGUCAUGUCAACAAACUCGACAGCGGCGCCUCUUGACCCGGCAUACAUCGCGGCAAACAACCUGCCAUGGCUGCUCGGUGUGACCGUCUCGUUCCACAUCGUGGCGUGGAUCAUGGUCAUCCUUCGCGUCUACACCAGAGUAGUGCUCGUCAAGUCCUUUGGCAAGGAUGACGCGCUCAUGGUCAUGGCUUUGGCUUGUAACUUUGGAGGGGGCAUGAUGACGCUGAUCAUAGCGGGGACACACGGAUGGGGCCGACACAUGGACACGCUUUCCAAAGCCGACACGAUGGGCUACACGAUGAUGAUGGCGUUUCACGGCAUCGUCUCUUCCAUUACCGCCUUCAUGUUUAUCAAGCUGUCCAUCGUGUUCUCCUUGCUGCGCAUUCAAGGCCACAACAAGACGUACCGAUUGUUCUUGUACGGGCUGAGCGUGUUCAUCAUUCUCUACACCAUCGUCGGCUGGAUCUCGUGGGCCCUCUCGUGCUACCCGCUCGCGGGGUACUGGGACAAGUCCAUCAAGGCGUGGUGCCUGCCCAAGGAGCAGUUCUCGGUCUUUUCCUACGUCAACACCGUCUGCAAUAUCACGACCGACUUCUUGCUGGCGUCUCUGCCCAUCCCGCUUAUAUGGCAGCUCAAGAUGGCGCUGCGGUCACGCAUCUACCUCAUUGCCAUUUUCGCUCUGGGCUACCUAACUUGUGUGCUUGGCAUUCUCAAGGUGGUGUUCCAGUUCAGUCCACUGCACGCCAGUCCCGACAGGACAUUCGUUGACUGGGUUCGCUUCUGGGGCUUCCUCGAAGGCAACAUGGGAAUCGUCGUGGCAUGCGCCCCGACGCUCAAGAAACUCGUCGGCUCAUGGCUCAAGCUGGGCACGACACAGAAAGGGUCCGGCUACGCCUACGGCGGCCAGUCGGGCACUCCCGGCGCCCACCACCAACACCGAAGCUCAUUCCUGUCCCGCAACCGCGACGGCGGCGGCGGCGGCGUGGGAAGCAGCAGCAAGAGCCACCACGACCGCAGCGGGUACAUCAAGACGGUGGACGACCGGGGCUCGGACCUCGAGCACGACGAGGCGCACGAGAUGGACAGCUACCACCACCGCAAGUACCAGCAGCACCACCACAACGAUGUGUACAUCGGCCACGGCGGGGUUGGGGGCGACCACCAGCAGAAAGGGCAGCACGACGUGCAAGUCACGGCGUCGACUUGGUCCCCUGUCGCCCGCACGGGCAGCGAGGAGCACAUCCUCCACGGGACGAUUGUGCGGACCACCGAGGUGCGGGUGCAUCCGAACUAAUCAGACAGAUCUUGUUUCGGUGAUAGAUCAUAAUUCAUGCCGUUAAUUCUCGUUUGGG